GGAUCUUCUUCCAAAAUCUCUCUUCCCUGCUCAUUGCAGGGAAAAGCCUCCCCCAUCUUGAUACCCUUUUAAUCACCAUUAAUUCUUAUAUAUGGAAAUUCAAAAUCAGUUUAAUGGUAGCCAAGAAGAGAUCAAGAAUAAGAUGAAGAAGAAACGAUCACGUGGUUUCCACGUCAUUGGUGUCGUUUUAUACAUGCUUCGCCGUCGGAGGAGGAGCAAGCCGUUUAACAACGGGUUUUGGCGGCGAGUUGUCCAGUCCAUUGGGCAGUUGAAAAACGACAAUGUUACGGUACUUCCAUCGUCUAAUAUUACGAUACUGCCACCAUCGUCUGCUCCGGUUACGGAGGAAGGUUUAGCCAGUAGUGACGAUCAGGUAUCGGAGAUGGUUGAGGUUUUCACGGCGACGUCUAGUUCUUGCUCUUCGGGAAUCUCGGGAUAUGGAUCAGCAAAGUCGUUGCGUGAUAUGGAUUGUCUUGAUGAAGAUGAUGAUGAUAAUUAUGAUGAUGAUGAUGAUGAAUAUUAUGGUGAUGAUGAUGGAGGUGAUGAGAUGAUUGAUGCGAAAGCUGAGGAGUUUAUUGUGAGAUUUUAUGAACAAAUGAGGAUGCAAAAUCAGGCUUAUACAGAACGUAUAACAAAGCUAAAGAGAUGAUGAUGAUGGUCUAAAUCGCAUAUUGUAAUUCUAUUCAUUGAAGCAUGAUAUCAUAUUACAUGAAUAUACAUAUAUGCAUGGAGAUUGUGCAUAUUAAUCAAUUUAAAACGUUCUU